UACAUACUGGUCCAAGGUGCUAGGGUGGAAAGGACUCUUUGAAGACUAGGUCCACAACUCUCCAUUGAACAACAUGUUUGAUAGCCUUGCACACCUCCAUGAUAUCAGCCCAGGCUACUGACUUAGUGACAACAAAACCUGGUUCCCAACUGAGUGUUGAGAGUCCAUGGUGGCCAGCUUCUACAGCAUGGUAGCCACCUUCUCAUCAACAGAGAAGCUGAUUUCCUCUUCAAAUUGCUGCAGCACAACAGUGAGUUCAGUGUGCAACUAGAAGAUGGCGGUGCAUGUGACUGGAUUUUGAAAAAUGGGGUGCACAUAGUGAGGUGCAUCAUCACAUAUGAAACAACACACAUUUCUGCAGGUGUAGCUGUCUGAGCCUCAAGGACACUAGCCAGGCUCUGGGAGAGUCCCAGGGAGUCUGUGGAAGGAGAGAGCAGGAAUGGCACAAUAAAAACCACUUGUUUGGAGGCAGAGCCGGCCGUGCUGCUUGGGACACCUGCACUCGGAUAGCCCCGCUGUAAAGAAGAGCCCCCCGUUUCCUGUGAGCUGCGCAGGAAGAAGGGGCUCUCGAGGGAGCCGCAGUCUCGGAGCCCGGGAGGAGGCGGCUCGAGGCUGCUGCUUCCAGCUCGGGGACAUCCCAGCGCCAGCCCUGCACCUCGUGGCGCUUGGGCCGGGCGGGAGGGACCGGCGCCGGCCCCCGCCCCCGACGGCGGCUAUAAGAGCGGGGCUGCGGCGGGGUGGCGGCGGCGGCGGGAUGGGGAUGCGGGCGGCGGCGCUGCUGGUGCUGCCGGCGGCGGCGCUGCUGUUGCUGGCGGCGCCGGAGCGCGGGGCCCCGCUGCUGCUGCUGCUCGUGCUGGUGGCGGCGGCCGCGCUGGGGCUGCGGCGCUGCUCGGGGCCCCUGGUGCUGCGGCGCGGCGCGGCCGUGGGCUGCGUCCCCGAGCCCGGCCCGAGCCCGCGCCCGCCCGCCCGCCGGGGCCGCAGCAGGGGCGACCUGCCGCCGCCCUACCCCAAUGGCUGGUACCGGCUCCUCGACUCCCGCGACCUGCCGCCGGGCGCCGCGCGCAGCCUGGCCGUGCUGGGGGAACAGCUUGCUGUGUUCCGUGCUCUGGAUGGACGAGCAUAUGUGGUAGAUGCCUAUUGCCCACACCUUGGGGCUAACCUUGCUGUUGGGGGCCACGUUGUAGGGAACUGCAUUGAAUGCCCAUUUCAUGGAUGGCAGUUUCGAGGUGAAGAUGGAAAGUGCAUUACAAUCCCAUAUGCUGAAAAAGUGCCAGACUUUGCAAAGAUUAAGACAUGGCCUUCAUGUGAAAUAAAUGGAAUGCUCUUUGUCUGGUAUCACUGCGAUGGUGUUGAUCCAAUGUGGGAUGUCCCAGAGCAGAAGGAGAUCACCUCAAAAGAGUGGGUGUAUCAUGGCCAAACAGAGCAUUUUGUCAAUGUACACAUUCAGGAAAUCCCUGAGAAUGGAGCAGAUAUAGCUCAUCUAAAUGCUGUCCAUGCAUCGGCUAUUUUGAAUGGAUCUGACCUGAGAUAUAUACACUCCAAGCUGUGGGAUUUUGUGAAGCACACUUGGAAGGCAGAAUGGCAGCCAGAGCCUGAACCAAACAAUCACUGUGCCCAGAUGCUGGUUAAACAUGCCUUGACUGUGUUUGGAAAACACUUCUCCUUACUGGAUGUCAAUGUUACAGCUAAACAGGUGGGGCCUGGGUUGGUCUUUCUGAUCUUUGAACAUGAAUUCCUGGGCCGUGGGAUCAUUCUGCACACUGUGACACCCGUUGAGCCUCUCCUUCAGCAAGUUAUCCAUGAAAUCUAUUAUCAGAAAAACAUGCCAGCAAUAAUCCCAAAAUUCAUUUUGAAAGCAGAGUGCAUACAGUUUGAGCGUGAUAUAACAAUAUGGAAUAACAAGCAAUAUCUUGCUAAACCUCUACUGGUAAAAGAGGAUUCUGCAAUUCAGAGGUACAGGCGCUGGUAUGCUCAGUUUUACAGUGAGAAAAGCAAGAGAUUCACGUUCCAGAAGGAUGGACUGGACUGGUAAAGAAAGCUAUCCCCUGGACAGAAGUGGUAGAAGACAUUUAAAGGGCUGCCUUCCUCUCCAGUCCCUGAGCGGCAGUAGAGCUCAACCAAGUUAAGACUCACUGGCCACAUCUACACAAGGUGCUUGCUGCUCAGUAGCUCAUUACUACUGUGCAGUAGCAUCACCGGGCAUGAACCAUGAUGCGACACUACCGUGCAGUAGUAAUGAGCUACUGCACAGUAAGCAUCACUAGGCAACUGUUGCGGGGCAUACAGUCAUUUCGUAUUGGGUUAUGCAAGUGCUAAAUGACUGCAAUAACAACUGCGCAGUGGGUGGCUCGUGUAGACGCACCCACUGUCUCUUUUCAAUAUAAAUAUGACUUGGGUCUUUCUAGUCUGAUACUUGCUUGUAGUCAUAUACAACAUCUUCUAUGUACAGCUGAUGAAAUCCAGGCUUGUCAGUCAUGUGUGAGAUGCAAUACUUGCCCUGGUGUCUUCUGUAUCUCAUUGCUUCUGUUAAUCAGGGAAAUUUACAUCAAAACUUGAAUGGGAUGAUUCAGUUAGGGAUGAUCCUGCCUUAAGCAGGGGGCUGACUUCAUGAGGUCCCCUUCAGACCUGCUUUCCUGAUUCUGACCUGCUGUUUAGUACUUCCAUGUCACAUCAUUUAUCAAAGUCAUCCCUUGACGUCUGCCUUUCCAUAGCAAAUCACUGUGUCAAACCUAGAAAAUCACAAUGGGCAAGGCAACUUUGGGGGCACUUUAGGCAGCAGAUGCUCUGGGCUCUUGCUACUAAACAUAGAAAUUAGCAGGAGCGAAAAAUUGGUGAGGAUUAUUUGUAAGUGUUACCUAAUGGCUUUUUAGAGGAGGUGUGUCUAUACUGCAGUGUGGAAGAGUGAUUGCAGCAUAUGUCAACCUACCGAGUCUAGCUGCAACCUUGUUAGCUCGGGUCCUGUUAUCUGUGUAGUCACAAGAGCACAGGCUCCAGCCAAGUACAGACCUGAAGUCUAGGGCAAACUUGCGCAGUCCACAUAAUCCUGUGCUGCCAGGGCUGCUCUGCUAUUGUGUCGCAACUACAAUCAGCUCCCAGUUGUAAUAUAGACAUACCAACCCUUAAUUUACCAGUGGGUUGUUAGCUCCUGGAUAACUUUCUAUGUAGAAAUACUUCAUGAAAUAGCAAUUUGUGAAGAGGGGGCAAGAAAUUAUCCCUUUGAUAAUAUAAAACCAACCUUCUUGGGGAAAAAAAACACUAGUAACUAGUGAACAAGAUCAUAUUUAAUAUCAACUGAACAGCAGACUGCCAACAUUGGUGCCCUCAUAUUUUGUAGUGGAUGAAUACUGAUCUCUGCUCAUCUGGCUAGAAAACUACUCUACUUUCCAUUUGAUUUUGUCUCUCUGUGGCGUAUAGAUAAAAGAGCUGAAUUCUGCCCCGGUUCACACCUUAUGGAAACCCGUUCGGUUGGUCCAUUUAAGUCCAUAGAUAGCCUGACCUGAGAUCUUGAGGUGUUCAGUCAAGAUCUUUCAGUCAGUCUGUGCUAACGGCUACGAAAAACAAAUGUACCCAGUGUGGAUCUGUUGGGAGCCAUCUGAACUAAUGGGUUGUUGCUGAUACUGUGCACGCUGUACUGAGAGCUGGUGCCAAAGGAAUGCACUACUACAAAAUAUUCUGUAAAAUGUCUCUUUUUAUAUUGUGUGAAUUCUGUACUUUACGGAGACCUCUGCUUUGGUGUGGGCCUUUAGAACAAUGUCAACCUGGAGAGACCUCUUGAUUCACUGUUUUUUAUCUAGUCUCUUAAUAUAUUAGUUUAGUUACAGUGUGAACUGCAUAAACUAGUCUGUUAAUUUCAGACUGCAGUAGGCAAUAAGGGAUUGUAUUUUUUUUACUGCUUGAAGACAGAAGUAAAGGGAAAAGACCUUUGGACACAGAAUUGCCCUAUGUACUACAUAAAGAAGGAAUAUAGAGUGAGCAUCAAAGUCGAACCUCUUCAACUACCUGGUGUUAUUGAUCUUGUGUUAAUGGUGAUGAGUGUCAGUAGUGAGGGCACUAAAUUUAAAAAUUUCUUGGAAGAAUCAACAAUACAGUGGAGCCAGGAGCAGGCUAAUGCAGAUCCAUGGUGGGCAUUGGUUUAAUUUCUGAUGGCAAGAACACCACAGUGGUGAGAUAUGAUGCGACUUGGAGUUGUUUGAUCCUUGCCUUUAGAAUCAGGCUUUUUAUAACUACUGUUCUUGUAUUAAAGUCUUUUUAAAUCUGCUAA